UUUUGUUACAUCUGCUUAGCUGUAUUUAGUAUAUUUAAAGACUAACUCUCAUGGUGCUGGUCCUGGCGAUUGCACCUCUCUCUGUGGAAUGAGUGGUUUCAUGCUGUGGUUUGAAUUCUCAUGAGACAGUCUCAGGGGUAUGUGCCUAUUUAUUGCUUCUGCUCUCAUCCAGUUGAGAGAAAGAACAGUCGACCACCAUGUUUGGAUCUCAUGUAUAAGAUGUUUUAAGGAAGGGAUGACACAGAUUUUCUGAAGAAAGCUGAAGGGCUCUUCGCAGUAUGGCUUCGGAAAUCACUUAUGCUGAAGUGAGGUUCAAAAAUGAACCGAAGUCCUCAGGUACCAAUUCAGAUUCUCCUGCAGCUCCCAAAGAGAACACUACUCCUCUCAAAAGUAAUCCCGCUUUUCCUAAGCUGCUUCUUGGAUCAUUGCUGAUACUUUUCCUGCUGUUGGCAAUCUUAUUCUUUGUUGCUUUUGUCAUUAUCUUUAACAAAUAUUCUCAGCUACUUGAAGAAAAGACCUAUAAAGUUUCUAUGAAGACCUCGAUUCACACAAAUUUAAAGUGUGUAAGAAACAAUUCAACCAUGGAAGGAAAAGUCUGGAGCUGUUGCCCAGAGCAUUGGAAGUCAUUUAGUUCCAGUUGCUACUUUUUUUCUACUGAUGCAAAAUCUUGGAAGGAGAGACAGGAGAACUGCUCUAGAAUGGAGGCUCACCUGGUGGUGAUCAACAGCAAGGAAGAGCAGGUACUUUCUAAGAGACAAUGGAGUCAUGAGCCUGUCUGACUUUUGUACUUGUCUUUGCUAAGAAGGGAUAUUGAUGCUGUGGCAGAAGACUUUCCAUAAGACAGAUAGGAGAGGCUCCCUCAGCCUUCAUAUUACACACCUUGUACCUUCUUCAGUAUAACUAACCUACCCCCAGGGAAACUAUGGCAUUCAACAUGUAAGACCUGGGGGUUUAGUGAAAGGAUGAAAUGUUUCUGCCUAUAACAGCAGUUGGUUAUUUCAAUAUAAAACUGUUUUCUGAAUUAUCAACUGCUAAACAGAAAGGAGAAUUAACUUGAAUGGGCAAAGUUAAAUCGAGAGACUCACAAUCAGCAAUCAGGAAUGAAAUUUUAAGAAUCUGUGAAGUGCUGGGUGUUGUGGUGCAUGUUUGUAAUCCCAUGGGGCUUGGGAGGCUCAGGCAGGAGGAUCUCAAGUUCAAAGCAAUCCCCUACAGUGUAGCAGGGCCCUAACCAAUUUAGCAAGACCCUGUUCCUAAUUGAAAUAUAAGAAAAGGUGGGAAUGUGGCUCAGUGGUUAAGCAUUCCUGGGUUCAAUUUCUGGUACAAAAAAAAAUCAUGAUGUUAUGAAAGGAAAAUGAUUAAAUUCGUAAGAAUUUUCUCAUGCACAACUUUGAAGAAUGUUCUUCAGUGAAGAAAAGAGGGAAAGUGUGGGUGGAUCUGGAUCACUGAGCUUGACCUUCUGUGGCAGUCUGCUGUUCGGAAGGGGCGGCCCUGUGAUGGAGGCUAGGCUCCACAAUGGAAUAUUACUCAGCAAUAAAAGAGAAUAAAAUCAUGGCAUUUGCAGGUAAAUGGAUGGAG